AUGACACGGCGUGGCUGCGUGCAGGCGCGGGUGAUACCUGAGACGGACGCCGGGCUGGUGGAGUUCUUCCUGGACACGGACGCGCGGGAGAUCGAGAUCGAGAUCGGCAGGCUCCGCCCCAGGCUGAACAAGGCCUUCUUCGACCACAUCCAGCGGGAGAUCGCACAGAUCAAAUUCGCGGUCACCAGGACAGCGGCAAACGAAGACAGACUGAUCGAGCUGGAGGCCAUGCAGAAGGUCAUCGGGGAGGGAGUCGAGGCCUACGACAAGCUGCAAAACGACCUCGUGACGGCCAAGGAGCGGCUCACCAACAUCCUGCAAUCCAAAGAUAGGAAGAAAACGGUAGAAGAUAGCAACAGAGUGGUAAGGUUUGUGCAGAGAUCUUCUCCUCCGUCGCCAUCCGCGACAAAGCUACUGGGUGCAUCCGUCCAUCUUCAGAUCUGA